CUUCUUUCUCUCUGUUUCAGCCCUCGUUGCUAUUCCCUAUUUCCUAUUCCCCCCGAAGGGAGAAUGUACAGACCAGUGUUGGCACCUCCCAGUCGUCAUCAGGGGUGGCAAGAGUCCACCGCUCGCUUGCUUGCUCCUUUAACUCUAUGGCUAUGUGUCACGGUGAGCAUUCGAUAUGGGUAUUACGGGAACUGCCGAAUGGUGCUUGGACCAAGCUCCUCCCGCUUGAUGAAGGCAAGUUCCCUUUUUGUAAAGCAGAUUGAAGUGAAGGACGAUGAUAAAAAGGGGGUUCUUCUUUACGGGUUUGCGGAGAAGCCAGAAUUGAGUGUCGAAACAAAUUGGAGCGUCUCCAAUUAUCUCAUCGUUGGAUCCUAUGGCCGAAAGGGAUUCUCCUUGUGGUUGAAUAAAGGUUCGAGUAUCCGUGUCAGAUGGGAAGCUCAGCCUAGUAGUUUGAGUGAUCUGCAAGUGUUUCUAAUUAAAGGGGAACGAAAAUACGAAACUUUGCUGCCGAAUCCAACAAAUUCCCCUGCUGCCUUUCCCUUCCAUGAAUCAACAGAUGGGAGAGAAGCCGAAUACACAAUCCUGGAAGACAAUAGAUACUAUGUAGGCAUCAUAAACGCCAAUCGUAAAAGCGUCAUAAUGACAUUGAAUGUUAAUGUUACAUCCAAGAUGUACGAUAUCACUAAGGCAAAGAGCAUGUGUUCAACAAUAAAGGGAUCCUGUCGUCUCAAUCUUCUCUUCCCCAAUACUCAAUUUGUCAUACUAACCACACCCAACAAUGGAGAUCUUGCUGGAUGGUACGUUGAGCUUUCUUUUGUGGCUCGUGUGGUAACCUACGUUUCGAUUUUAGGAUUUGUCGUAAUUAUUAUAUUUCUGGUGCUGAAAUACCUUGGAGCCUGCGAGGGAGACAACGAAGUACAUGUAGAGGAGAUAACGCCUCGGGAAGUAACUGAAACUCACCCCUUAAUGCCAGAGAAGCUAUUUCGGCUCACCUAUGGAACAGGUGAAGAAGAUGCAGAAUCAGGAAUGUCUAGCAGCUCCUCAGAGGAUUUGUAUGAUGGGAAGAUUUGCACUAUUUGCUACGAUGAGCCACGGAACUGCUUCUUUGUUCCCUGUGGUCAUUGUGCCACCUGCUAUGACUGUGCUAAAAGGAUUAUAGAAGGGGAGAACAAGGUUUGUCCAAUAUGUCGAAGGUUCAUUCACAAAGUAAGAAAAUUGUUCACUCCUUAGGGUCUAAAUCCUCAAGCUUGUGGUUUUACGUGAUUAUGUUUAGGAAGGAAUUUCAUAUCCCCAGAUAGGAUGAGUGAACUUUUUUCUUGUGCCCAAGUUGACCGAGUUCAAGCGCUACAUGGAAAUAUGAGCAUAAAGGGAGUUAAUUUGUCUUGCCAACCAGAGAAUCAACCGAAAUUCUAUUUCUUUACGGUGUUUGUAAUUGAAAAAAAAGGGGAUAUUAUCAAAUUGCUGUACAAUGAGUUUGUGUUACUUAUUCAUCACUAUAAUGAUUGUUGUC